AUGUCCCAGCGUGCCCCGCUCGCGAGCACAAUGAGCCCUGUCGUCAUCCGGGUCACGGGGCCGCGCGUUUCCGUGCGCCACCGGGUUCCAGGCGGGGUCCCGCCCGGGGCACAGGACCCCAGGGCCCAGAAAACUGCAAUUCCCAGUAUGCCUUGUCACUGCCGCGCCUGCCUCUAUCCAUCUUUGCCCACCAGACCCUGGGUACUGAUUUAUGGCGCUACUGCACUGGAUGCGGGUGAAAGCCAUUUAGACACGAAAUUUGCAUUGACCCGACUUCAACCACGAGGUAGCCGGGCACAUAUGGAAAUUGCAGUUUCCGGACCAGUUAUCUCUCCAACCAACAUCAAUGCUACAGCAUCAGAAACAUUCACUAUACUUCAACAAAGGAUGAGAAUAGCUGAGGAACAGACCAGUUCUCUGAGGGAUGAAAUAGUAAAGUUAGACAUUGGUGAUAAAAGAGACCAUCUGGAAGCUCUAAAAUCUGUGGAAGACCCUAUGAGCCUGAAAGUCAUCAGCCCUAACCCGAGUGAAUCCACUUGUUCAGGAAAAACAGAUUCAACAUGGAAGAACUGUGAGUUUCUGGUAAACCGAAUGUGCCGCCUGGAAAACCUCAUCAAAACGCUGAAGAUGAACAUCUAUCAUCUUCAAACUGAAAAGGAUUUAAAUCCACAGAAAACAGCAUUUCUAAAGGAUCGGCUGAAUUCAGUCCAAGAGGAGCAUACCAAAGACCUGAACCUGUUGCAUCUCAAAGUAAAGAAUUUGCACCAGCAACUGAAAAUUGUAAAAGAGGAAGAAGACAGGGCACAAGGUGAAGGGCAGAGACGAACUGCCACGCUGGAGAUGGCCUCAGAGACAGAGAAAAAUGCAGCUAAAAUUGAGGAGGAACUGAAGACCACGAAACGUAAAAUGAACCUUAAAAUUCAGGAGCUAAGGAUACAACUAUCCCAGGAGAAGCAGCUAAGGGAGUCUCUUGAGAAAUCUGGAUCAACCAUGCUACUCAAAAUACAAGAAAUGGAAUCAACAGUGGAGGCAGAACGGAAACAGGUGCAAGUUCUGCAGGAAAACUGUAGUGCCCUACGAAAUUCUAUACAAACUACCCAAGCAUUACUGGUACAGGAGCAAGAGAAAAGAGAAGAGUUGGAAGCUACUACCUCACAGCUCAAGUGUGAUCUAAUUUCUAGAGAUGACCUGAUUUCUAAGUUGGUUGAUGAAAAUAAGAAGGUACAGAGCUAUUUCAACAGUGAACAUGAACAAAAUGUGUAUUUGAGAUCUGAGAUAAUAUCUCUCAAAGAAUCAUCAGAAAAAGCACAGGUUUUGAAUGACCAACUGAGUACCAAGUGUUUGGAGCUGAGCAACAUGCUUCAGACCGUUCAGGUGGAGAAUGCUCGAAUCACUGCUGACCAGCAAACCAUUCUGAAGGAAAGACAGCAAAUGACAGAGACAUUUAAAGAAAAAAACUUUUUGCUGGAUGCUGCCCAUGCCAAUAUCACAAGAGAACUACAGACUGCUCAUAAUGAAAGAAUACAACUCCAGGUACAUCUGGACCAUUUAAUCCAUGAGCAUAACCAGUGUACCCAGAAGGCAAAGGCUGCAGAGAAGAAGACAGGUGUGCACAAAGAGCUGCUGGAAUCAGUUAUCGCAAGAUUACGAGAUGAAUUGGAAGCAUCGCUUAAAGAGAAGAUGUCUCUCCUAGAGGAGAAACAAAGGCUUCUGAGAGAGGUUGAGAAAGCAGAGAAAGAAACAGCACAAGAAAAAUCCAGUUUGGAAAUGGAAUUAGCUAAAAGCAAGUUUGCCGAGCAGCAAUUAGAAAAGGCGUUUGAGAAAAUCACUGAGAGUAAAAAUAAGCUGGCCUAUGACAAGGGAAAACUCCAGGCAAAAGUUAAGCAGCUAGAAGAACAACUCCAUUGCCUUACUGACACUGGGUUACAGAACAACCAGCUUCGCAAGUUAAAUAAGGCGCUGGAGACCAAAUAUGCUCAGAUGAACUCAGAACUAAGUGCCAACAAGGUACACCUGAAGCAGACAGAAGCUCACCUGAAAGAGGUGAAAUCUGUUCUUGAAAAGAAUGAAGAGGAUCUCUGUGUAGCAAUGAAGACCCGUGAUGCAGCCCUGAAAGAGAGUCAGAAGUUGAAAGAGGAUCUUGAGGCUCUGGAGGAAAGAGAGAACAAGAAGGUGGGAAACUUUCAGCGACAAUUAGCAGAGGCUAAGGAAGACAACUGCAAAGUUACAAUCAUGCUGGAGAAUGUGCUGGCUUCUCACAGUAAGAUGCAAGGUGCUCUCGAAAAAGUACAAAUAGAGCUUGGGCGGAGGGAUUCAGAGAUUGCAGGCCUCAAGAAAGAAAGGGCUCUUAAUCAACAGAGAGUGCAGAAGCUAGAAGCAGAAGUGGACCAGUGGCAAGCAAGAAUGUUGGUCGUGGAUGCUCAACACAACAGUGAGAUGGAACCUCUACAAAAAGCUAUAGAUAUAGCUAGAGAAGACAACAGGAAACUGGCUAUGAGCCUGGAGCAAGCUCUCCAGACAAAUAAUCAUCUGCAAACAAAGCUUGAUCGUGUUCAAGAGAAACUGGAAAGCAAAGAACGGGAAAAACAGAAUUUGGAAGCCUUCAAGGAACGGAUGGCUGAGGAGUCCAAAAUGGAAGCUGAAUUACAUGCUGAACGCAUAGAAGCUCUAAGAAAGCAGUUUCAAACUGAGAGAGAAUCUGCAAAGAAAGCAGCACAACGGGAAACAGCUGAGCUAAAGAAAGCUCUUGACGAAGCCAACUUCAGAUCAGCUGAAGUGUCCCGGACCAACAGAGAGCUGCGACAAAAAAUAACAGAGCUGGAGAAAACACUCAACAGUAACAAGGAGAAAAUAAAAAGCCAAAAGGCCCAAAUUAAGCACUACUUGUCAGCCAAGGCGACUAAUACUCAGAACCUAGAGAGGAUGAAGCAAAUAGAACAAGAAUUGAGGCAGAUGGAGCUAAUUAAGGAACAGUAUCAGAAAAAGAACUAUGAACAGUCACUGAGUAUCCAGAAAUUUGUAUCUGAGAUGACCAAACUGCAGAAGGAGAUGCAGCUGUUGGCCAAGAGCCAGUUUGAUGCCUCCACACGAAAUAAACAGCAAGAGAUCCGACUGGAUACAGAGCGGAAGAUAAGAUAUGAGCUCGAGAAUCGGUGCCGGGAAUUAGAAGAAACUGUCAGACAUCUGAGGAGAUGUAAAGAAGCAACAGAGAAUAAACUGAAAGAAGCCAGUGUGGAGUCAGAACAGAUAACAGCCAACCUGGAAGAAGCCCACCGCUGGUUUAAGUGUAGGUUUGAUGGUCUACAAUUUGAGCUGACAAAAAACCGGCUGCAGAGGCUUCCACGCGAUGACAGGUGGCAGGAAGAGGAGGACCUUAUAAGGGAGGAUGUCAUGCCCAACCAGUCUGUACUACAGCGAUGGGAGACCAAGAAGAAUACAAAGUUCACACCUAAAUUCCAUUCUGAAUCCGAGAGGAAGUGA